AUGAUUAUUUUAUUUUGUUUCUUUAUAUUAGCUUUAUCUGAUUGUUCUAGUAAUCCCUUCACACCCUAAUAUUUAAAUCUACUACAUAAUCUCGAAAUAGAUGUAAAACAAUACAAUACUUAUAUAUUGACUACACCUAAAGAUUAAGUACUUAAAUUCUCAAUUAUAAUUAGACAUUAACCAUAUGUUCAAAAAUGAAUUCCUAAUCUUGUUGUACAACUGAAACUGAGACAUUCUUUCAAUCUAUUAUUUCUAAAUAUCAAUCUAAAUUGUUAGACAAUAAUAGUGAAUUAUAAAACUUAUUGAAGUCAUUUGAAUCAGAUAUUAAAAUAUGUGGAUUAUUAAAUAAUACUUCAUUUGAAAAUUCUUAUAUUGGAUCAGAUAGUAUAGAUAAUUAUAAAUUGUAAUUAUAAUAAUUAGCUAAACUAUAAGCUGGAUUUUUGUAAGGAAAUCUAUGUAUAUUAUGUGCAGCAUCAAAUGAUACAAAAUUUAUAUAGAACAAUAAAAUAAUUGCAUUAAAAUCUAAUUAUGACACUUAUAUAAAUAACCUUAUUAAUUAAUAUGACUCUUUGUAAAGUCAGAUUAUCAAUUUUAAAUAGUUUGUUUUGGAUUAUUAUUUAAAUUAUACAGAUACAUUGAAUUGUAGUAGUGUUUUAGAAGAGUUUCUAUAAUCUUGGUAAAAUGUAGUGGUGUGUCCAGGAAAUAAUUGUGAAUCAUAUAUAAAAAAUACAAUUUAACCUUUAGGUUUUAGACAAUUAUUGGCUGAUGAUUAUUAUAUAUUCAGUGAAACAGAUGGAAUAGAUGUAUAUAUAGAAGUAACUGGAGAAUUAAUAGCAUUAAAGAAUUUAAUAGUUAUUUUGACUAUAACAUUUAUACUAUUGUUAUGA